CAAGGUGAACUGGGUAGUCUCACAAAGAAGUGGUUUACAUGGGCCAUUGUGUCCUAUUCAAGUGCUUGUAUAUUCUACAUACACAUGCUUUUUACCUAUCCUACAUAUCUGUAGCUCUUCUUAUAAUGUCCACAAACAUUUGGUGAGUCUGGUAUAGCAUUAUUGCAGGAAAUCUAGUAAUUGCUUAUCUCUUUCGACCAAUUUUUAGUACUAAAAAUGGUGAGAGCAGAGCUAAUAUUCGUUCCUUCCCCUGGAGUUGGUCAUCUGUUAUCUACUGGCGAGGUUGCCAAGCUCCUUGCUCGUCGAGAUGAACGGAUUUCCAUCAGCAUCUUGAUAAUGAAGCUUCCUUAUGACUCCGGCAUAGAAGCACUCACUCAGAACCUGAAGAGAGAGGCUCCUGAACGCAUAUCCUUCGUAGACAUCCCUGAUUUAGAUGAGGCCACAAGGACCGAGCUCAUGUCUUUGCCACGCAUGUCGUUCUUCACCUCUUUCAUUGAGCACCAGAGGACUCCGGUUAAAAACAUCGUGAAAAGUAUUCUGGAAGGGCCUGAUUCUGGUAAGCUAGGAGGGUUUGUUAUUGAUAUGUUCUGCACCUCAAUGAUAGAGGUGGCAAAUGAAUUUAAUGUCCCGGCUUAUGUGUACUUUACUUCGGGUGCUGCUUUUCUUUCGCUCAUGUUUUAUACUCAAAAUCUUGAAGAAAAUGAGAACUGCAGGGAAAUUUCUGAAUGCAAAGACACAGAUGCUGAUCUCCCUGUACCUGGUUUUAUCAAUCCGGUACCUGUUAAGGUUUUGCCUUCAGUGUUUCGUACUAAAGAGUUGUCUGCUUUCAUCGUAGCUAUAGCGCGAAGGUUAAGAGAAGCCAAAGCUAUUUUGGUGAAUACAGUGUGGGAACUGGAGGCUUGUGCUAUUAAGGCCCUUGCUGACGAUGUAAACGCCCCUCUGAUUCACCACGUCGGGCCUAUAAUCAAUUUUACGAAUGCUGGUGCAGCAAACAAUGACAAGAAGUCAGAAGAGGACAUUAUUAGCUGGUUGGACUGUCAACCGCCUCUUUCUGUAGUGUUCCUGUGCUUUGGCAGCAUGGGAAGCUUUAGUAACGAGCAAGUGACUGAGAUAGCACAAGCACUGGAACUCAGCGGACAGCGUUUCUUGUGGUCUCUAAGACGUCCAUCUCAAGAGAAAGAGAAAAUGAAACUGCCAACAGACUAUGAGGACUACAGUGAGGUGCUCCCAGAGGGAUUCUUGGCGCGGACAUCAGGAAUUGGAAAGGUGAUUGGAUGGGCACCGCAGGUGACAAUCCUUUCCCAUCCAUCUGUCGGAGGAUUUGUAUCCCAUUGUGGAUGGAACUCUACGUUAGAGAGUAUAUGGUGUGGCGUUCCAAUGGCUACGUGGCCUCUGUAUUCUGAGCAACAGAUUAAUGCAUUCCAGUUAGUGAAGGAACUGGGAAUCGCGGUGGACCUCAAAAUGGACUACAGAAAAGGCAAUAUGCUUAACAACGAACCAGACCCGAUUGUGACAGCAGAAGAGAUAGAGAGGGGUAUAAGAUGCCUGAUGGAUGGAGACAGUGAAGUGAGGAGUAAAAUGAAGGAAAUGAAAGACCAAUGCAGAAAAGCCACCGAAGAGGGUGGCUCGUCUUAUACUUCCAUUGGACAGUUUCUUGAGGCUGUAAUAGAUACCAUCCAGGAAGGAGCUUCCACCUGAAUCGAUGAUGAGUAUAUUUCCAGAUCUCUAAGCUAAGGAGCAAAGAAAAAUCCUACAAAAGAUUAUCUCAGGGUUAUAAAAAGAAGUCUACAUAUUAACUAGUUCCUUCUAGUUUGAGUGGACUCAGGUCUUGAAUUUACUCUCUAGUAUCCCUUCUUUUAUGGAAAUCCACUGUGAUAAGUGAACAAAGUAUUUUCGGUUACUUUGAUGUCUGUAAUACAAUGUAUUCAUGUAGCAAUCUAUAAGAGAUGAUCUGGAAGUGAAAUAUUUUUUAAGUUGA